AAAUUGAACCAGCGACGGCGCACCCUUACCUCCGGCCCAAAUCUCCCUCUCCCAAUCUCUUCUUCUUCUUCUUCUUCGUUGCAGCGGCAGCUUGGAUCAAACCAGUCCGAUUUCUCUUCCCUCAGGUCUCUCCUCUCUCUCUUCCUCUUUCCUUCUCUCUUCUUCUUCUUUCCAACCUCGAGAGGUCACUGUUAAGGAAAGGGGGCUACUGUUCUGACUGUUCAUCAUCGUCUUCUUCUACCCGAAGCACAGCGACGGCAGACCGGCAACAUAACUCCGAUCUACUAUUUCUCCCUCCAUCAGGAGGCGGCGGCGGCAAGCAGCGAAUCAGAGGGCGGCGGCGAUAUUCCUCAUUUCCUGUCCGAUCUCCGUGUCUGCUUCACCGCCUGAUUGCGACCUUUGAUCGUCAUCGAUGGACCCAGAUGAGUUGUUCAAGCUCCAUUGAAUCUACCUACAGCAUCGAUAUCAGGCCAAAAUCUUGAAUCUGGUUUUCCCCUUAUUGAAUCUGUUCGGUUCUUCAACAGAUAAUUGGAGGUUUAGAGGGCAAUCAUGGAUGUUGAUUCAGAGCCAACCAUGGAGGAAACUAUUUUGGUUGGUGAUGACCUUAUGAUGGGACCACCAUCACCCCUCAUCCCCCCAGAAAUUGCUUCUCAUGUUCUUGAAGGUGUUGAUUUAUGUGAUGGAAUCUUGAGGAAUUUAUUCUUGUGUUUGCAAAUAAAUGACAUAGAACCUUUCUGUCAAGAUGAGAUUGCUCUGUACAGACAAUGUGCCGAGAAACGAGAUAAGGAGCUAAGACAGCGCCUUCAAGACAGUGAGCAUAAAUUAGGAUUAUCAAUGCCUUUAGAUCAAGCAAAAGAUAGGGUUGCUCAACUUCAGACUGAAGUCACAUCACUGGAAAGGCGCUUAAUUCUUGCUAGUGGAACUGAAGGCAUGGAAGGCUUCCGUCAGAGAUGGAGUUUGCAUGGUCGCCUUGAGGAUACCAGAAAAAGAUUAGAGUCUUUGAACCAAGGAAUCAACAAGAGGCAAAAGGAAGAGUCUGAUGGUGCUUCAACAACCAAAAAAUGGUUCUUUUGGUAAUUAAAACACAUGCUAGUUUGGAAUACCCCAUAAAUUUGUCACUCUCAUCCAGCGUCUGAUAUACACCUAUCUACAGAAGUGCAAUAAACAUGUUAUUGCAAUGACUUAUGUAACUUAAGUUAUUUGGGAGUUGGGACAAUUCAAACCUGUCGCAAAACCUGAGAUUCCUUAGCUCUUACAGGUUUAAAUUUUCCUGUGCUAGCUCUAUUAGUAACCUAGAAAAUUUUCCUGUGCUAGCUCUA